GAAACAAAUGCAGAUUUGAAGAAUCACGGUGUACAGUCUGAUGAAGUGAUCGAAUGCCGACGCAUGUUUUAUGAAAGCGAACAUGGGGCAAGAAUAUUCGGUCAUAUGAUAAAAACUAUUCAUUUCAACAAAUUUAAAAGUCCCCUAGUUACCAACUAUAACUUCACUGAAUUGAUCGACUGUUUCGAAAAACAAAAGAAGCAUCAUCAAAUGGAGGCAGCUAAUCGCAAUGGUUCAGCGUGUUACAUCAACCUACUACCACAACAUAUUGAAGGUAAGACAAAUCUUUAA